CCACACAGCUUUCAUUAUUCUCCCACUCUCAUCGGAGCCGUGCGCUUCCUUCCUUCCUUCCUUCCUUCGUACCGUCAUCCUGCGACAAGAUAAAUAUUACAUGUAAAUCCCAAAUCCAGACACCCCUUCGUGAAGCAAACCCCCAGUCAAAAUGCCCGUGAUAUCCGCGCAGCCAUAAUGAUAACCGCGUCAAAAAGAAAAAAGCAACCCAAACGAACCGAACGAACCGAACCAAAGAACCAAACGAAAUCCUCUUCUCCGUGCCCUCCUAUUCUCCUAAUGGGCAGCGAUUCCGAGCUUCUUCUUCACGAACUUCUUGCUGUGUAGCACCCGUUCCGUUAACCCUUGGCUCUGGCCCUGGGGUGGUGGUAGGUGGUGGUAGAUGGUGGUAGGUGGUGGAGGUGGUGGAUGGAAAAGGGCAGAGGGAAACAUACAGUUUAUCCGCGAGGCCAUGCUUCUCGGCAAAAGCCUUAGCUUUUUCGGCGUUCUCAUUCUUCUUUUCCUGUGGGUGCGCAUACAUGCACGUCAGCGACGAUCUCCAUUUAGGGCAGAGGGAAGGGGCGAGAGGCAAGACGCGAGGGGAGGCGAGGGAGUGCGGAGAGAACAGCGGGGAACAUGUCACAUACGGCGGGGGUGGGCUGGACAGCCAUGACCUCUUGCGGUUGAGACAUGACGGGGUCGGUGGUGGUGGUUGUGGGAACGCGGCAGGCGGAGAAGAAGAGUAGGAGUCUUUCUCCAGCGACGGUGAUGCUGAUGCUGAUGAGGGAAGGUGGAGAAGGAGGAAGAGGAGGGAGGAGGAGUAGCAGGGACGAUCGAGGGUGUCGGGAAAUGCGAGCUAUACUAUAUAC